UCAAAUUGCACCCUUGACAUUAUGUGCAGUGAAUUUACCUCUAUUGGUUUCUAAAGAAGAGGUAGCAAAGAAGUUUCAUGUUAGAAAAGACUGCAUCACCCUGAAGAGGAAGCUUGGCAUGAAGUCUUCCUCAGCCAUCAUUGUUCCUCUCUGCUGGUACGAAAGUGAUAUAAUUUUGACGGAUCAUUGUGCAACGUACCCGCAGCCGAAAAAGGAAAUAGUUGUAAGGCAAUGUUACGACUCGGACACAGCACGACCCUCCUCAGAGCACUACAAGCCUCAUGUGCUGUCCAGUGAAGAGUUUGACUUGAGCCCUGCACGCAGUGGACUGCCUACACUUCAUGUCAUCAAUGAUGACGUCUUACUUCAUAUCAUGAAAUAUUUGAAUUUUGCUGAAAAACUGAUGCUUGAAGCAGUGUGUCGGCGUUUUCAGUCGCUGGUUUACAGCGAACUGGGCCAGAAUAGCAUCAUAGACUUCUUCAAUGACACCUGCGCCUGGCGAAGUGCUUGUUCCAACCUCUCCAAAGACCGCAACAAGUCGCCAGCCCAGCUCACGCAGGACCUCAAGCUUUGCACCUACAAGAUGCUUAUCAUGAACUCUAACCACCUCACAACUCUAAGACUCAAUGAGGAUACGUGCAUCUUUGAUGUCAACGUAUUUGCUGCUAUAGGUCGACUUGCUGUGAACUUGGAGGAUCUACGAUUGGUGUUCUCGGAAUCGAGGGAGCACUACACCUCUAUGAAGACCAUCUUCUCGCUCUGCUCAAAACUUAAAACUUUCAGUCUUACAGUGAGACUCGGAUGGCUGAGUUGUCAAUGCUGGGGCAGAUUCAGUCCUGACGAAUUGCUUCGAGACUUGAAGGAAUGCAAAUGCCUUGAGGUGUUGCGGCUAUGCGGACUGAAGAAGUUUAACAUCAAUGGUCUACUGAUGAUACAAGCUCCUCUGCGAGAAAUCGGGAUCCACAACGUUGCCUCAAUCGGCUCAUGGUUCUCAGGAUGGUCCUCAGGAGCAAAUAGAAACUUUCCGGACUUCCAAUUCAACUCUCGCCUCACGACAUUCCGCAUGUUUUACGACGACCCGCCAAGAUUGAGGGGAAUUUCGCAGUGGGCACGUCUUUUCUCCAUGGCACGCAAGUGUCCUGCGCUGACCCAACUCCAACUUCGUUUCUGGUGCUUAUCUGGGCCUCCCAAUUUCAAGUCAUUCAAAAACUUGAAGGUGCUACAUUUUAUUGCAAGUCGCCACGAAAAUAUUGAUGAUCUUCUCAAGAGCGCUCUGCCUGACCUCGAAGACUUCCACAUCGAGUUUUUAGAAGAAUGUGGCGCUGAGGAAAAAGUCCUCAGUGUUGACUUUUCGCUGGCGCCGCCGUCAGUGAAGUCCCUGACGCUCAGUGUAGUCCGGGAUGGUCUAGACGAUGGCUCGUACAAGAGCAUCAUACGAAUGCCCAACCUGCAGCGAGUCUUUGUCAACAGCGAGAAAUUCUCGGUGGCUCAGCUGAAACUGCUCGUGGCCCACGUUCAGCUGGUCGAGAUCAGCGCCCCUGAGGUGACCGUGGAUCUCGCCACGGCCCAGGAGCUCGCUGAGCUGCGCAGGAAGGCGCUGGCCGAGAGCAGGUUCAGUUUCCCCUCACAGUGUCUCGACCACGACGAGCCCCUCGUGCUGCAGGUCAACUACACCCACCACGCGACCUUCGCAGAUCCUCUCGUAAUAAUCAAGAGUUUGUGCUUACAUGCAUAAAUACGAUGUUAUCAUUUUUAUUUAAAUAGCGAUGAGCUAUUAUAUAGUUUAUAGCUUUACAGUACGAAGCUGUUAACGAUGAAAUUACUGCGGUUGUCGCGUGAAUUGUUCGCUUAGAUCACGCUUAGUUUUGGCAGUUUUGACUCUGAAGCAUCAGGUCGAUCAUAAUUCGUUUAGUCAGCCCCAUUCUUGGAUAAAUUAACCUUUAAUCGUGUCAGUUGUCAGGCCUUGAAUCAUCUGUCGAUCUUGCUCUAUAAUUUCUCCUGUAGAGCGUUUAAGAGUUUCUUACAAUUAACAGUAUUGGCGGUUUUGAACAUCAUCAUCAAUAUCAUUGUAUUUUGUGCCUUAAUCAAGACGAUACUCUGAACUAACUCCAACGUUCUAUGUGUGCAACUCCGACUCGAACGCUUCUUAGUACUUCACAGGCACCGCAAGUCAGACUUGUAUUCUAUAGUCCUCCUCAGUAGUUAGUUAUGCACCUAAUCUUAAGUGUAUCUAGUUAUAGCUUUAACUGCAAUUACGUGGACACGUGUUGUUUUACCUAUUUUUUUUCUUUGCGUUAUUCACCUAGCAAUAUUUAUUGCAACUUUUUUCCCCUCUCUUCGGAGAAACAAUAGCAGUUUUGUUAAUUUUACGUUAUUUCAACCAAAAUUUAUUAAUCUAAAGAUAUUUUUGCACAUUUCUCCCAGUUGACGAGCUCCUCUUGUCAUGUCAUCCAAUAGACAUGUACAUGUAUCAACAAUUUAGGUUCAUGUAUUCAACCUUCUUGUUUGAACUUUUAACCGACGGCCCCAUGGUAUGACGGCCAAGGUUGUGUUCUUCUCCUUGAGCCGCCUUCAAGUCGUCGUACGAGUUUGUAACUAUGCUAACAUUUAUUGAGUUGAAUCCUCUAAAACAUACUAAGCACUUCUGAAGAUGAGGUGAACGCGGCCCAUCAUUGCGUAAAUAUCAAGUGCUCAACUUUGUCGUUAAUCACAACCAGAGGUGGGCAGUAACGCGCUACAUGUAGCGGUGGCGGCGCUACAU